AUGGAUGGUACAGAUGGCCUGACCCGCGGUCAGUUAGUAGAGGACACCGGUGCCCCGAUCACGGUGCCGGUGGGUGAGCAGACACUGGGCCGGAUCAUUAACAUCAUCGGUGAGCCCAUUGACGAGCUCGGCCCCAUCGAUACCAAGAAGUUCUAUGCCAUCCACAGGCCCACGCCGACGUUCACAGAAAUGAACACGACGGCACAGCAGCUUCUCACUGGUAUCAAGGUUGUGGACCUGUUGGCGCCCUACGCCAAGGGAGGAAAGAUCGGGCUUUUCGGCGGUGCCGGAGUGGGCAAGACGGUUGUGAUUAUGGAGCUGAUCCACAACAUUGCGCUCAAGCACGGUGGCUACAGCGUCUUCGCUGGAGUGGGUGGGGUCCUCAGCUGGCACAUUCUCAUGAUUCGCGACGUCGAGGGCAGCUGUCCGAAGAGCUUCGGAAGCUCCGUCGAAUACCCCAGAUCCACUGGAAAGGACGUGCUGCUGUUCGUUGACAACAUCUUCCGCUUCACUCAAGCGGGAUCCGAGGUGUCGGCUCUUCUGGGUCGUAUUCCCAGCGCUGUGGGCUACCAGCCCACCUUGGCAACAGACCUGGCGUCGCUGCAGGAGCGCAUCACCACCACGCAGAAGGGAUCUAUCACCUCGGUGCAGGCUGUCUACGUCCCUGCCGACGACUUGACCGAUCCUGCUCCUGCCACGACCUUCGCGCACUUGGAUGCCACCACGGUUUUGUCGCGCCAGAUUGCGGAACUUGGAAUCUACCCAGCUGUGGACCCCCUGGACUCCACGUCCCGAAUGCUUGACCCGUCGAUCGUCGGACAACGUCACUACGACAUUGCCCGCAGCACGCAGAAGAUUUUGCAGGACUACAAGUCUCUGCAGGACAUCAUCGCGAUCCUGGGCAUGGAUGAGCUUUCUGAAGAGGACAAGCUGACUGUGGCCCGAGCCCGCAAGGUCCAGCGCUUCCUGUCCCAGCCCUUCUUUGUGGCUGAGAUCUUCACCGGCACUCCGGGAGCGUUCGUGGAUCUGGAGACCACCAUCAACGACUUCGAGGAG